AUGGAAGACACGUGAAUAUUGUAUAUUUGAUAUUUGUGAACGUGUUUUUGUAUUUUCUAAUUGAAAAGAUAUCAACAUUGUUUGAUAUCUUUUCAAUUAAUAACUGUAUACCAUAACAGCUUAAAAAAUAAAAUGGAUACAGUAGAUUCAGGAAAUCAACAAGUCUCUGAAAUGAGAGACGAACACCCUUUAAACGAAAACAUCGAAGAUGUUAAAGAAGAAGAAGAAAAAGAAGCUGAAAAAAUUAUUGAUCCUUAUUUUUAUACAAAGAGAGAUGAAUUUACUUCAGAAAUUUUUAAAAUUGAAAUAGGUAAUCUUCCGCCUUUUAUUAGAUAUGGACCAUUGAAAAAACUUUUAGGGACUAAACUAAAGUUAAAUCCUCAUAAAAUAAAGACGAUUGGAAAUUCGCCAUUAUAUUCAUUCGUUACAUUCAAAUGUGAAGAAGACAGAGAAAAAGCUCUCAAUGUUUUGCAAGGAUAUGAGUGGAAGGGAAGAAAACUGCAAGUUAAGAAAGCAAAUCCUAUGGCAGAUCCUUUAGUAAAAAAAAGAAAGCAAGGUAAUGCAGAAGAUUCACCUGCAGUAAAAAAAGCUAGAAUGGAAGGAAGUGAUAUACCUAUAUCAAUUCAAAUAAAAAAUGCUGUUCAUCCAUUAUGGAAUUUGCCUUAUGAAGAACAACUUAAAUCUAAGAUGAAUCAGAUAUCUCAGUUUUUAAUAAAAUUAUGUGUACGUAUUGAAAAGACAAAUACGUACUUAAGGCAUUGGAGUCAAAAACAAAAGAAGCUAUAUGAAGGCAUGUGUUGUGAACUAUUGCCAAUUAAACCUUCUCCAGUCACUAGUGCUUAUCGAAAUAAAUGUGAAUUUACUGUUGGAAAGCAUCUUGAUACUGGAGAGAAAACUGUAGGUUUCAGAUUAAAUUGCUAUAAAAGUGGUUCAAUGAGUGUUGCAGAACCUGACGAAUGCAUAAAUAUUCCAGAAUCAAUGUUAAAAGCUGUAAAAUCAUUUCAAGAUUACAUAAGAUCUUCAGAUAAGGAUGUUUUCAAUCCUGAAACUCAUGAAGGUUAUUGGAGGCAACUUACUGUGAGGACUGGCAAAACUGAUGUUUUAUUAGUUGUAGUAAUGCACCCUCAAAAAUUGGAAGAGGAAGAAUUACAAAAAGAGAAAGAAGCUUUAGUGGAAUAUUUUCAGAAUGGAUUGGGUAAGAUGUGUGGAGUGACUUCUCUUUAUUUUCAGUCAUUUGUGAAAAGAGAAUCUAAUAAAGAUUUAAUUAUGACACAUCUUUGGGGGAAAAAAUACAUUGAAGAAAAUGUAUUAGGAUUAAAAUUUCAAAUUAAUCCUGAGGCCUUUUUUCAAAUAAAUACAUCUGGAGCCGAAGUUCUAUAUUCAACAAUAGCAGAAUUAGCUGAAAUUGAUAAUGAAACAACUAUUUUAGAUAUUUGCUGUGGCACUGGUACAAUUGGAUUAUGUUUAGCAAAAAUUGCACCUAAAGUUAUUGGUAUUGAAAUGUGUUCUCAAGCAAUAGAAAAUGCAAAAUCAAAUGCACAGAUAAAUAAUAUAAAUAAUGUUGAGUUUGUAUGUGGGAAAGCUGAAGAUUUUAUUCAAACUGUCCUUCAAAAAGCAGAUACAGAAAAUAUUGUUGCCAUUGUAGAUCCACCUAGAGCAGGACUUAAUUCCAAAGUUCUUAAAUUCAUAAGGGCAAAUGAGAAGCUUAAAAAACUUAUAUACAUUGCUUGUAAUCCAGAUGGUGCUAUUCAGAAUUUUGUUGAUUUGUGUCGUCCUGUAUCUAAUAAUUACAGAGGAGAAUCAUUUGUCCCAACUAGAGCAGUGGUUGUUGAUUUGUUUCCACAUACUAAUCAUUGUGAAUUGGUAAUUGUGUUUGAAAGAUACAGCAAAACUAAGGAGAAUAAUGCUUAAUGUCAUUUUACAAGUUUAUUAGAAAUUUUUAUAUCAUAUUAUUGAAUCAGCAUAUUAUUCAAUAAUAUAUUUAGAAUUUUUAUAAUUUAACACAAAUUUUUAAAUAUG